AUGUCGACAAACGCCAAACGCAAACGCGCGUUGAAGGCAUGCAUCCCCUGCCACCAGCGCAAACGAAAAUGUGAUACAGUAUAUCCGUGUGGUAUGUGCACCACUUACGGAUAUACCUGUAAGUACACCAACCAUAGCGGAAGAACCGCCAGCAGUAGCGUAUCUGCUCCACCGGCCAAGCAGGUCAACCUUGGCGGCGAGGGCCUGGCGGACGGGACUGCCCCAAGAUGCAUCCGAGAUAGCGGGCGGAACCACCAAGAUGAAGUUGUUUCGUCAACAGAGAGUCCCGCCGCUGCGACCGGGGCAUCUCCAGGAAUCUUCGACGGCCAGAAACUCAGAUACUCCGGAGCAUCGGCAGCAAUGGCAUUUCCGCACAUCCUGGGUGUGGCUCUCGGUUCUGAUAGCCCACCAAAGAUGCGGUCGUAUGCCUACAAUUUUGGCGUUCGCCCGGAAGAGUCCUCGAAUCCUCAUUGCUUCCUGGGAAAUAUAAUAUCAGAGGAAGAUCUAGCAUCACUCUCUGAUACGUACUUCUCGGUAUUCGGUCCAGUCGCCGACUUGAUUGACCCAAAAAUCUAUGCCCAGCGAUACCAUGACUACUAUCGUGGUGUGAGCAACGAUGGAGUCGCAUUUUCCACUCUUGCGGCGGGCGUUGCUGCGCUCGGGUCAUUCUUAUCCCCAACCAAGCACCCGAAAGAGUCCGAGCUGGUAAAAUAUGCCAAAGAGGUUCUCGAUGACCCAGUCUCUAUGCGUUUACAUGGAGUUGAUCACAUCCUCGCAUGGGGAAUCCGGUUGCUCUAUCUACGCGCAACGACACGGCCAAGUAACGCUUGGAUUGCGUCUUGCACGGAGAUGCACCUCUGCGAAGCCAUGGGGUUGCAUGAGGAGGACACCCUGAAGAAGAUAGCAUCACUCGCUAGUGUUCGCGCCUCUGGAUAUGACGCAGAUCGACUGAGGAGAAUUUUCUGGUUUUCAUGGGCGGGUCACAUCAUGCUGUCUUACGAAUAUGAUCGAUCUCCUGUUGUUUUUCGGCUCAUUGAUUGCCAGCCCAUCGUCGCCGUUCAAGGUUCAAUCACCGAUCAGUUUGUGAAACUGAUUCAGAUCAUCCCAUCGCCUAAUUGUCCAUUGCAGCCUGAUGUGCGCCCUCUAAACCCGAUCGAAGAGCUCUUCAAGCGCCUUGAAGCGCUUGAUAAAUUCAAAUCAACUCAUCCAUUUCUGGCAGUGACAAAGGCAGACAUCGCCUUCUGCUUCUAUCGACGUCUGUAUCGGCUCAAAGCCGGCAUACCAGACUAUGCAAUCAACGCAAUCAUUCGCAGUGGAAAUGAGGCAGUGAAAGCAGCCGAACAGCAAGCCAGUGCGGGUCAUUUAUUUUGGAACGUCAUUGGCAGUGUCUUCCAGUAUACAUGCAUUUUGUUAGCAAUCGAUACGCCAGCAGCCUCUGCCCACAUCAGCUCUGCAUUCAAAGGCCUAGAAAAUCUUGUCAAGGCCGCCGAUACAGGACUUACGCGUGAGGCGCUAUCAAUGGCGCGACACCUUCUCAGCCUUAACAUGGCAAAGAAGCGGAAAGAGCUUGCGCACCUUGAAUCUGUCGAGGCGGGCUUUGAAUUGAUUCAAUCACCGCAGAUAUCUGGACCCGAUGUUGCGCCACCAGACAUGGAAUGGGCUGUGGACUGGGAUCAAUUUUUUAUUGAACCGUAUAUGACCAUGUUCAGCUUCGAUGCUUAG